CCAUCAAUAUCGCCCUCCACUCAUCUCCUGCCCUUUUAGGAUAAGGUUCAGUGAGAUAUUUCUCUAUCAACAACCAUAACAACAAGAGAAUCAUAUAGUCCGUCUCAUUUGUUCAUCUUUAAUUUCUUGGAAAGACAUCUGACAAGCUAUACAGGAACCAUGAGGCCGAAUCGCAGCGACGCUCAUCUUACACCGGAGGAGGAGGUGAAAAAAGAGGAAGAGACUCGAGAGUACUUCGAUGGCAUUGCUCCCAAGCGCCACUCUAAACCCUCACGGAGCGAGUACUCAACCGUUUACUCGGAUGAUCUCAAGGUGUCUGAUCAAGAAACCAUACCUGAGCUUGAAAAGUUUCAAAAUCUUGAGGCAGAUAAGCAGAAAGUUGUAUGUGAAGGGAGUGAGACUGGGGAGGAAUUUACAGAGACAGAGUAUUACAAAGAUCUCAAUUGUGUCGACAAGCAACACCACACGACUGGCGCAGGAUUCAUAAAGGUUGAGAAAUCGAGGGAGAGGGCGUUUAACCUGGAUCCAGAUACAAGUUCUGUGUCUGCGAGUCACCCUUCUAGCAAAGGCAAUCCUGCUACAAACGAAUGGAUUCCGUCUGCUGAUCCUGUAUGAUAAGGCUAAGGUGAUUCCAGCUUCGGACAAGCCUAACAGGAGCGAUGCCUGAAAGUUCAGCGCUCUAGCUAGCAUAUUUGUGUGCAAGAAGGAUCUAUGCUUAAAGGAGACUAUGUGAUGAAUAAAAGUGGCACAUUAUUUUACUGUCUUAAUAAAUUUCAUGUACGAUGUUUCACAAUGUUCAGACUACUUCAGCGUGUGCCUGUGCUUGUGGGGCAAAUUGUGUAUAUUCGCUCGUUUGUUGAUUCUCAAAUGCUUGCAUCAGUAGAAGAGAUAUUUUAACUUCUA